GAUUGUUGGAUCUCAGGCUGAUUAUGAAAGGAUUGUUGUUCUCUAAGAAAUGAGCUACGAUGUCAUCAAUUUAUGCAAAUCAAUUUUGACUGAGAACUUUGGCCCAGUUGCUGCCCUGAUUGGGUGUACUUUGCUAGACAGCGGUCCCCUCACCCUCCCUCAAAUCUGCAGCUUCUCCAAAGUUCGCAACCCAAGGAAGUAUCUAUCCGUCCUGGUACGACAUGGAAUCGUCUCGUGGGACAACAGCGACUUCCGAGGCAUCAAGUAUACGGCACAUGAGAACACUAUCUUGUGUCGUCUGCGAGUGGCUUCACUGGUUCGAGCAGUGGGCAAGGACAGGGGCCAGUUGAGUGAGUUGAUCUGUGAGGAAAUGCUAUUACAUGGGGCAGUGACGGAGACAGGUCUGAUAGAAAGUGUCACUCAGAGAGCUAUGGCCAAUGUGGAACCAGGACAGAAUGUGACUGAGGCUUCUAUCAUCAAUCAGGUGAAGAGCAGUUUCAAACAGCUGUCCAAGGAUAAUUUUGUGCGUAUGAUGAUACCACCUGAGCAGGAGUUGGACAAUGAAGACAAAGAGAAACAUGGUAUGACCAAUGGUGGAAACAGUGGGACGCCAAACGGAAAGAGUGGUUCAAUACCUUCUCUUUGGAAAGUGAAUCUUAUCAGACUUCAGAGGUGCUUACUCAACCAUUCCGUGCUUGAAGCAGUGCAGCGGCGUUUCGGAGGCUGUCCGAAGAUGAACGAGGUAUUGCGCACCAUCAUUGACCUGAUAGAAGACUCUGAAUUGAAAAGUGGUUAUGCCGACUCAGAUCAAGGCUGCGACUUUCAAAUAGUGAACGCAGAAAGUGUCUCCAUCAACGUGACUUCUAUCAACCAAAGUCUCAAACAUUUUGACAAGACAGUCGUGAACAAUUUGCUGGGCAUGCUUGCCAAUGACCGUGAAAACACUGGCUUCAUUAAGCGAGUGGGUGAGGCGGGAGGAGGUCAGUAUGUGUUGGAUUGGUACAUGGCACUCAAGAAGUUCACGACAUCUAUAGUCGAGAGUGUUAUCCGAGAGAGAUUCGGAGGGGAGAGUGUGCGAAUAUUUAACGUGCUGCUUGCCAAAGGCUUCUCGGAACAAAGCGACGUAGAGAAGUUGAGUCUCCUGACUGGGAAGGAUGUGAAGCAGCAACUGUAUACCAUGCUAGGAGACGGGUUCCUAACUCUGGCUGAGAUACCUAGAGUGGGUGCGGACUAUGCACCCGCAAGGACCAGUUACUUCUACUCUGUGGAUCUUCAUAGAGUGGCCAACGUUGUGACGGGGUCUUGCGUACAGACUAUGUGUAACUUGAUGCAGAGAAGGAACCACGAAGUUGAAAAGCAACAGAACCUCCUCGAUAAGAAUGACAGAUUGGAGAACCUGAAGGAUUCUAUGCGAUCUAAAGGCUCUUCAGAGGAGGAGAUUGAAGAAGUAGCAGAUAGUUGGAUGGGUUUGAAGGACAGAGAACAGUUAGAACAGUUUGCGGCGAGACUCUACAAACUGGACAAUGCAGAGGCAGCUGUCGACCACUCCCUUUUCCUCCUUCGUCUAUUUGUCAGAACACACCAGAAACUACCUCUAUUCUCGUGACGUCAUCGCGGUUUUACUUGCAUAUCCUUUGAUGUUACGCGAUUCUGAUUUACGGGAACUGAUAUUAGCGCUAAAAUACAACCAACUACCUCCUUCUCUCAUUAGCUUCCAUGGUUCGCAUAUGACACUGUCUCCAGAAUAGUGUAAUCAAAAAAUCAGAUAGGCAAUUCUGUCUUGUUGGCGAUUCUGUCUGAUGUCAUGACACGUUAAUUGUUGACUUAGUUUGAAGAUUCAUUGUUGUGAUGCGAUGAAAAUGAUGGAGGGACAAUACUUUGUCUUGAAAUUUUGAUUUUGAAAAUUGAAUAAGACUCAUUAUAGUUCAGUUAUUUAUUAAUGCUAAAUGCAAUUUUUUUCUCUUUCCUGCGAAAUUAUAUGGCUGAAAUAUACUGACAAGAAUGAUGCCUUGAUAAA